GCCCUAAUUUCUCCUUCUACUCUGCACUUUCUUUGCAUUAAAUGCAUGCAUGCAUUCUCCUGCGCAUUAUGAUUUUUCUGUGUUUUUAAAAAAAUGCAUUCAGCGAGGACGCAGACGGUGGUGUUUUAAGUGAACUGCGCGCGGUGCAUGUGUGCGUGCGUUCGCGUUCAGAGCGCGCGCGCAGAUGCACCGAGUCUCGCGCGCGCCAUUUUAACGCGUCUCCGGCAAGAUGGGGCUCUCGCUUUGUCUGCCCUGAUCGGCAUAAAGCACUAUUUACUUUCAUUACACGCAUGAAAAUUUACCGGAUCGAAUGAAAAAACAGCUUUUCCUCGCGGUGCCAAACCGGUGACAUCUCAAAGACCCGCGCGUGAGAUGAGCACGGAGAUCUUAAGGUCUAGUAAAUUGAAUACAUUGGUGACCAAACUUCAUGAGUUUUUGGGUCAUUCUCCAGACGAAGAAAGCAUUAAUUCUCCAGACAUUUCCAAUGGUAAAAUGGCUGCUAGUGACUUAAACAGCCCUGAUGAGAGAAUGAAUGAGCCUGGUUGCUCCUCAGAAAUGACCAAACCCUCAUCUUCACGCUCAAAGAGAAAACCUUCAUUUGUGACCAAGCACACUGUCGUUGAUGAAUCGGAAUGUGCAAACGAGAGUGGAGGUGAACGCGGCACAGAUGACAGCAUGCAGAGCAGUCUGGAUAUCAGCAAGCUGCCACAAGGCACAGUGGUGGUCAAGCCAGAACCGGUUGCUAACGAAGCUAAAGAUGAAUUCCGCGGUCCGGAGUUCCGUAACAGAGGAAGUAAAGUGAAAGAGGACGGCACUCGGAAACGUCCCGACGAGCAGCUCCAGGAGAUUUUUAAUUGCACAGCAUGUGGACAGCAAGUCAAUCAUUUUCAGAAGGAUUCGAUCUUUCAGCAUCCUGCACUACAUGUUCUUAUCUGCAAGUCAUGUUUCAGAUAUUAUAUGAGUGACGAUAUCAGCAAGGAUGAAGAAGGAAUGGAUGAGCAAUGCAGGUGGUGUGCAGAGGGUGGUAAUCUGAUUUGCUGUGACUACUGCAGCAAUGCCUUCUGCAAAAAAUGCAUUUUGAGGAACCUUGGACGAAAAGAGCUGUCUGAAAUCAUGAAUGAAGAAAGCAAAUGGCACUGCUAUGUGUGCCGUCCAGAGCCGCUGCAGGACUUUGUUAAAACCUGUGAGAAAGUUUUGCUCAAUCUGGAAUCGUCUCGCAGAAAGCCCAAGGGAGACGGUGACAAGACGAAGCGUGAAGAUCGUAAACACAAGCAUAGCAAACGAGAAAAAACUGCUGUAAAUGGACAGGAUUAUGCCUCCGACGGAGCGGGGACGUUAUCCUUUUCCUGUAAGACGUUGACGGUUCCGAAAGAGCUUGUCAAGAAGACCAAAAAAAUAAUCGAGACCACAAACGGUUUGAAUCGUACUUUUGUACAAUUCCUUCAGCACACGUCAAAAGGCCGUGAAGUUAGUGCAGUAAGUAAUAGACACUUAAAGGCCUUCAAAUCGGUUUUGGCUGAUCUGAAAAAGGCCCACGUGGCUCUGGAGAAAUCACUUGAAAAAGAAUUUGAAUCGAAAGGCCUCAAGUUUCAAAACGGAGAGGAGCAAAGACCGGUGCACAGUCAAACUGCAGAUCAUACCGUUGUUAACUCACACCACGCUGACCCUGCUCCUGUCACAGAAGAUGGUUUGGAUUGCACCGCCAAGGACCAAGAUGAAAACCAGCAGGAAAGUAACUCAGCUGAUGUUGAAAUGAAGGAGAGCCUUCCACCCUCUCCAGAAAAAACUUGGGACCAGUCUGAAGAAAGUGAAGCUAAAGAGCAUGAAAUGGCAGAUAACCCUGACUUUGAGGAAAACUCCGUGCCAGCAGGUGAAGCGUCUCUUGAUAAAGACAUCGUGUCUAUUCCACCGUUUGUCCCAGAGGAGCUCUUUGAGAUGGUCGAGAGUCUUGCAGUAAAGAAAGAAGACCGUGACGAUAGCAACUCGACUGGUUCCAGUGAUUGGAAAUCAACGUCCAACGCUGAGGUUGUGAAAUCCAAUAAGAGCCUGACAAAACUGGGUAGAAAACUUGUUGUCAAACUAACACCUGUUCCUCUUAAAAUUACCAUAAAACGAGAUAAGAGCAAAGAACAGUCGCCUUCAGAAGACAUGGAUUGUGACACAUUGCCAAAGGAGGCUCAAGAUAGCAGACGCUCCCCCAGGAUGAAGACCACACCCCUACGCAAGUCACCGGAGGUGAAGAGCAAACGUAAACCAAGGUCGUCAAUGGCUAAAGAAGAGCGCAGCGACGCAGUCAAGGAGCAGUGCGAUUCAGACUCGGAUGAAGUCCCUGAGGUCCUGCAGACGGCUGCCUUGAAGGCCAGCUCUGAGAGCGAACCCGAGAACGCUUCUGGAAAAGGUACCAAGAAGAAGAAGUUAGCUUCCCGCUCUGCUGAGAAAGCAAAAGCGAAGCCAAAGCGUAAACUCGAUAUGGCCUCCUCAGAUUCAGAACGGUCAUCAACAGCAAAGAAAAGGAGCUCCAAAAAAAAGAAGGGCAGAGAAUCUGACUCCUCAAACCACAACUCUGAUCUUGAGAAGCAGAUGAAAAGCCUGUCCAAGGUCGGCAGUCGGAAAAAAACAUCCAAAGGUGUCAAAAAGGAAGAGAAUGAGUCCAGUAAAGAUGGCAAGAAAGGCCCUAAAAGGUCAUUUGAGAGGAAACGAAGGUCACAGAAAGAAAAGCCUAAAACCAAGGAAGAGUUUUCCUCCAGUGAUGAAGAGCAGGAGGAGGAGGAGCAGGCCGUUAACUCCGAGGAAGACAGCGAUCAGCAGAAGAUUAAACCAAUACUUGAGUCUGUGAUGGCUAGUAUUGAUGGUUUCCAUCAGUCAUCAGGUGAUGAAAUUGAAUUGAAGGCUGAAUCCUCCCAGGUGCUGGAUGAUGACGAUGAUCCAGAGAAUAGAAUUGCCAAGAGGAUGCUUCUGGCGCAGAUCAAAGCCAACUAUUCCUCUGGAGCUGACAGUUCAUCUGAUGAUGAAAACGCAGACAAAGAGGACGGGGAUUCACCAAAGAAAGGAAAAGAUGGUGCUAAGAAGCAAGACGAAAGUGAGGAAGAGGAUGAAACUUCAGACUCGUGCUCAGAUGUGGACGUGAAGAAAGGUGGACGCAGGCACCGUUUGUUGAGGAAGAAGUUGACUCUAAGCGAGGGAGACUCUGAUGACGAGACCCCAGUUAAAAAAAAGAAAGAAACCAAAAAGAGAAGCAGGCGGAAAGUGGGCAGCGAUGAUUCGGCAGACUCUGACUUUGAGCAGUCGCGCUCGGGCUCCAGUGAUGCAUCAGCGCUCAGUGAGACCGUGAGUGAAGACGACGAUGAAGACAAGAGCAGUAAACGCAAAACACGGUCAUCCAAAAAAGCUGGCAAGGACGGUGAGAGAAGUUACCAGAAAGAGAAGAAGAAACGACGUCGCAUUAAGGUUCAAGACUCCUCGUCCAGUGGCAAGAGUGGAGGGGAAGAGGAUGGAGAAGAUGAAGGGGAUGAGAAAGGAACACCCAAAGGUCGCAAGAAGAUCCGCAAGAUCCUUAAAGAUGACAAACUGCGGACAGAGACCCGGGAUGCCCUGAAGGAGGAAGAGGAGAGGAGGAAGCGCAUUGCUGAGAGGGAGCGGUUAAGGGAGAAACUGCGAGAGACUAUUGUGGUGGAGGAGUCAUCACAGGUCACAUGUCCCAUCACCACAAAGCUGGUGCUGGAUGAGGACGAGGAGACCAAGGAAGCAUUAUUGCAGGUUCACAGGAACCUGGUGACCAAACUCAAACCCCAUCAGGUGGAUGGAGUGCAGUUCAUGUGGGACUGCUGCUGUGAGUCAGUGAAGAAGGUGGAGAAGUCUUAUGGCUCUGGCUGUAUUCUGGCCCACUGCAUGGGGCUGGGAAAAACUCUCCAG